AUGGAGCCGACUACGGACGAAAUUACCAAAGGAAAAACAUGUAUGGUCGAUAUAGAACCACCAGUUGUACAAGAAGUGUUGACCAUAAAAGAUGCUGAUGAUAAAAUACCUGAUGAUCCAAACGAUAAAAAACUUAUUCGAAAACUUGAUCGUCAUUUAAUUCCAACAAUGACUUUAUUAUAUCUAUUAAGUUAUCUUGAUCGUGUCAAUAUUGGUCAAGCUAAAUUAGAUGGCCUUCUUGAAUCAUUACAUCUUUCGGGUUCUCAAUAUAAUGCAUGUUUAAGCGUAUUCUUUGUAACUUACGUUCUUUUUGAAAUUCCAUCAAAUUUAGUACUGAAAAAACUUCGACCAAGUCGAUGGAUACCAAUGAUUAUGAUUACUUGGGGAAUUAUAAUGACUCUUAUGGGUCUUGUCAAUAAUUUUGCAAGUCUUAUUGCUUGUCGACUCUUAUUAGGUGCUGCUGAAUCAGGUCUUUUUCCAGGUAAUUCGAAAUUCAAAUUGAAAAAUUAUGUGAAUCUUAUACUUUUAAUCUUUGUAGGUGCUACGUUUUAUUUAUCAAGUUGGUAUAAACGACGUGAAUUAUCAUGGCGUGUAAGUAUAUUAUUUUCGGCUGCUGCAUUAGCUGGUGCAUUUGGUGGUAUUCUUGCUUAUGGCAUUAGUCAAAUGAAAGGCAUAGGUAAUCAAGAAGGUUGGCGUUGGAUCUUUUAUAUUGAAGGAAUCCUGACUGUUAUCGUUGGAAUAUCGGCCUUCUUUUUAAUUGCAGAUUUUCCAUCAGAUCGACCAAAAUUUUUAACAGAAGAAGAAUGUAAUAGAACAAUUAAUCGUUUGCAAAAUGAUUCUGGACCAGGUGCUGGUGAACAUUUCAGUUGGAAACAAGUCAAAGCAGCAUUUUUAGAUUGGAAAGUUUAUAUUUAUGGUUUAUGUUAUAUUGGUUUCUUAGUUCCACUCUAUUCUCUUGCGCUUUUCUCACCAACAAUUGUUCAAGGUCUUGGAUUUACAAGUUAUCGUGCUCAAUUAAUGACAGCACCUCCAUAUGCACUUGCAUUUAUAACUACAAUGACAACAGCAUAUUUUUCUGAUAAAUAUGCUAAACGAACUAUUUUUAUGAUCUUUUGGGUUUUAAUAAGUAUGAUCGGUUUCAUUAUACUUAUUUGUGUAGAGAAUACGAAUGUAAAAUAUUUUGCUAUAUUUUUAACAAUGGGUGGUAAUUCACCAUGUGUAGCAACAUGUAUUACCUUUAUUUCAGGUAAUAUUAGUCCACAAACAAAACGUGCCACUGCAUUAGCAUUUAUGUUAUCAGUUGGAAAUAGCGGUGGAAUUAUUAGUGGACAAAUUUAUCGAUCAGAGGAUGCACCUCGUUUUAUUCUUGGCCAUGCAGUCAAUCUUGGCUUUUGUACCAUGGGUUUCAUUGCUACUUGUAUUCUAUUUAUAAGUCUUAGAUAUGAAAACAGACGCCGUGAUGCUUUAUAUGGCUCUGUUGAUGAUCUCAAACCAGUGGAAACGAAAACGUCGACAGAACCUGUCGAUAUAUUUGGAUUGGGUACGGCAGAAGAUCGUAAAAAAUGGGGUUAUGAAAAUAUGAGUGAACAAGAAAUUAGAGAUUUAGGAGAUAAACAUGCUGCUUGGCGUUAUAUUUUGUAG